CCAUGGCCACCAAAACAGUGGUAGGAAUUUGUCAAGUCGGUCCAAAAUUGGGUUUUAUGGAUCCGCUGUAUCUUUGAGGCCCCAUCUCGUCUUAUCGGAUCUUUAAGAUCCAACUAUGGUGCCGUACUUCGCACCAACUUGGGCUUUUGCUUUGAAAUAUGGCAUUUGAAUCCAUGUUUGUCAGCAGUUGGUAGUUAGCUGUAAAGUUUGGCAUUUAGAAAAUCACUAUGCAAAGAUAAGUUUAGCAAAAAAAAAAAAAACGUUUCUGCAAAGGGCAACUAAUGGAGCGAACACUACUUAUUAUAAACCUGAUAGUAUUUAACUCCGAUUAUUACUGAUAUUACUCAUGGCUUGUAGUUCUGGCUCCAGUGCAAAAAUGUCCAGUACAAAUGUCAGCACACCGUCGAUGGCGGUGACAGCAGACGCCGUGGGUCAGAAGACGGGCCCGCUGGUAUUUGAGAUUUACGGAAAGAUCUGGAACGUGCAGGCUCGUUUGGGCCAGGGCGUCUCUGCCUCGGUGUACCGGGUGAACUCCGGCCAGGCGAGCUCUGCAGUCAAGGAGUUCCAGCUGGACGCACAGUGCGGAGAUUACGGGUACCUCAAGGAAAGCUCUGUGCUGGAGAAGAUUCAGGGGCAUAAAAAUAUCGUGACGCUGUUUGGAAUGUUCACCAAUCACAACCCAUUUGGGGUGGCCACUCAUUGCCUGUUGUUGGAGCUUUUGGAUGUGAGUGUGUCAGAAUUGCUGGCCACAGUGAGUAAUCAGGGGCAUUCCAUGUGGUUGAUUCAGCACUGUGCCCGUGAUGUUUUGGAGGCCCUUAACUUCCUGCACAGGGAAGGUUAUGUACAUGCUGACCUCAAGCCCCGCAACAUUCUCUGGAGCGCUGAUGACGAGUGCUUUAAGCUCAUUGACUUCGGCCUUAGCUUUAAAGAGGGACACCAGGAUGUGAAGUACAUCCAGACAGAUGGAUACCGGGCACCUGAAGCCGAGUUGCAGAACUCACUGGCCCAGGCAGGUCUGGAGAGCGGCUCUGGCUGCACAACUGCUGUGGACCUGUGGAGUCUGGGAAUCAUUCUUCUAGAGAUGUUCUCAGGAAUCAAACUGAAAGGAACUGUGAAGUCUCAGGAAUGGAAGGAUAACAGUUCUGCAAUAGUAGACCAUAUCUUUUCAAGCAAUGCUGUGGUUUACCCGGCUAUUCCUGUUUUUCAUUUGAGGGAUCUGAUCAAAAGUAUGCUUCACAAUGACCCUAAACUGAGAAGCACAGCUGAGGCAGCAUUAAUCAAUCCUUUCUUCAGCAUUCCCUUUGCACCUCAUAUUGAAGAUUUGGUUCUUUUGCCUACACCUGUCUUGAGACUACUAAACGUAAUAGACGACAGCCACCUGUAUAACGAGGAUGAGUAUGAGGAUAUAAUAGAAGAUAUGAAAGAAGAAUGUCAGAAGUAUGGCACAGUUGUAUCCUUAUUGAUCCCAAAAGAGAAUCCCGGUAAGGGACAGGUUUUUGUGGAGUAUGCAAAUGCUGGAGACUCCAAAGAAGCCCAGAGACUGCUGACAGGCCGAACGUUUGAUGGCAAGUUUGUGGUCACUACGUUUUAUCCACUGAGUGCCUAUAAGAGAGGUUACUUAUACCAAACUGUGCAGUAAAGCUGCACACACAGCUCCAUACAAAACAUGUAAAUUACAAUCAUGUGACUGCUUUUAAAUCCUUGAUCUGUGUAUUAUUCUGUUGUACGACCUUUAAUACCAACUUGUGUCACUAAGAUCAACAUUGUUGUGAAUAUAGGCACACAUGCAAUUUAACUUGGGUGGAACAAGGAGAACAGUUUUAGUGCCUGUUUGCUACUUCCCUUUGUUACUAAAUGAUCACACCAUAAUAAGACAAUUAUAUUUACCGUGGGAUAGCUGGUUGCCAGACAUUCAAUACGUAUGCUUCCAUACUUUGUCAUUUUGAUUAUUGUAAUAUAUAUAUUUUUUUGCAGUGGGGUUGAUGCACUGCUUUGGUUUACACUGCCUUUUAAACAACAGAUCACUUCAGAGACUAGGUUUACAAUGCUUUCUAAAUGUCUACUAUUCCAAAAAUGUGUAUUUUAUGUGGUCUGUUUUCUACUGUUUUUUUUUUUUCUCGUUGUUAAUUUUAGUAAAGGUAUGUAGGUAUUUCCAGUAAUUAUGCACAUAUCUAUAAACUACUGGCAAAAUA